GGUUUGGGAUGUCUUUCAACCGGAGCAAACAGGACAGAGAGGCAGAAAGUCGUAGGCCAGCUACACAGUAAAACAUUGGGUGUUAAAAUCACAGUGUAAAAUAAUUUUAACCUAGAUAGAGUAUUUACAACUAUUUGAAGAGUAAAUCAACUCAAACUGUAGAGUUAAAAUUCGGUGUUAAAAUCUGCAGACAUGCAGAGUUAAUUUCUACUCUACAGAGAGUUUAUUUCAUUUACCCGCCUAUUUCCAAAGAGUCAUUAAAAGCUGCUUGGUGCUUGUCUGAACCAGUCUGGACUUGCUCUGGAGUGCAUGGUGCCAGUCAGGUAAGUCAAUUUUAGCAUUUCUAAAUUACUAAUGUGGUUUUGAAAUUAUUGUUCAAGUUAAGGUUUUGUAAUGUAACUAUUGUCAUUAAGGAGUAAGGACACUGCAGACUGCUGCUUUAGUCAAAUGUGGUCACUGGGACAGAGACGAGUCACCAUACAAUAAGUUAGACUUAUUUAUUAAUUUUGUUGUUAAUGGAGUUAAAAAACUGUAGGUAAAAUAUGUGUAACAUUAGAAGUCGCUCCAAAUAAAGGCAGGUAUUUGUGGUGAAGUUCUAGUAACUUUUAAAUUUUGAAAUAUUAGCAAUUUAGCAUUAUACUGAACUUAUCUGUGUCUGAAUAUUGUGACGUGCAACAUUUAUCUGUACCAUAUUUAUAUGUCGAUGAUCUGUACCAGUUUAAACAAUUAAAUAAGUGUUAGGUCAAAUUAAAUAUAUAAUAUGACCCACCAUUGUUAGCAUUCUUAGCUAACCUUGUUGCUAGCUUACUUGCGAUAAAGCUAUCAUACUCCUAUCAGAGCACAUGGAACCGUUGGACCGCAUCGUUCGAGUUAGUUUUCCGAGUAGCAGCGCAGCACCGCUAGCAUAGAAGCUAGCAGGCCUUACCACCUGAUGGAAGUCUGUCGGGCCCUCCUCGGCAAGUAGCAAUGUCCGCUUAAAUAAUGCUAGUUUUUCUUACAGAAGAUCAUUACCAAAGUAUGAUGUAUAAUAACUAUUUGUUUUGCCCGUUGUGCUUGUGCAACAGUUUGUGUGUUGUAAAAUUGUGACACUAAUUAACAGAAAGAAGUUACGUUACAGCAGACGCCUACAAAGCGAGCCGAGUAGUCGAUGUGUGGCUGUGCUCGGGGUAAAGUGCGCAUCGUCCUGCUUGCGACACAGCCAUUUAUUUGUCGAAUUUUAACUUCUUAAACGCCGAAACGUAUUUUUAAAGUACUGUCAUCAUCAAUAAAAUAAGUGCAUUUAUAAAGUUUUGAUGCCUACAUCGCCUAUAAAAAUCUUACCGUAUGUGACAAAUUGGGAACCCCAUAUCUGAACCUCUAUUUUUGCUCGUUGUUUGUGUGAUACACAUAGCUCACACAAGGAUGCAGGCAUCCUGGAAUGGCUAACAAAGCUAAGUCCAGUCACAAAGACAAAAUGUACCAGAACCCGAAUAAACCUUCUAUCCUGGAUUGAGUCGUGUGUGGCUAUGAGAUGACUUAAGGCAACAGUCGACCAGUUUAACCACUAUCACAAACGAGCAUCAGACACAAUUAAGAUUUCAGGCUGCAGCAGCUGACUUGAUGUUUUUCUUUUGUUAUUACUGGAGCAUUUAUCUAAUUAUUGAUAUAGAAAUUAUCUUUGUAUAUUUAUUUUUUCUAAAAUAAAGCAUCUCAUCUAAAGCACUAUACACUAUUAGGGGAAAUUAAUGUUUUUUUUUUUUUACUUUUGUUUUAACAGGAAAAUGCUGCUGCGUGUUUCAUUUAGUGGGGAGCAGAAGUAUGUAAGACUGUCUGACCUAACACUUGAUGCCUUCCUGAAAGAAGUGUGUCUAAAAUUUGACAUACCAGGAGAAAAACUGUUCGAUCUGAAGGUGUAUGACCAGUCUGACACCCAAAUUGAUGCUGAGGUUUUUGAGGAAAUAGUGAAGGAGUCCCCAGGCACAUUUCGAGUCAUGAUGAGUAAUGAAGAACUUGGUUCUUCUCUAUCACCAUUGGCUACAUCAUCUUCAGCAUCUUCUGAUGAUACUAUUAUUCUGAACUUCACCAUGUGUGAUCCUGCUGAAGAUUCAGCAACUGAUGGAGGAAAUCAGCCUAAAAAGCCAUGUCACAUAAACUACGAGGCACUGGCAUUGAUUAAACAGAUCCUAACUACAAAGCCUGGUGGUGAACGCAUCAUGCAGGAGUACGCAAAAACCAAAUCUUUGACAGAUGCCACCAGAAGACAGAUGAUAAACAUUCUAGCUGCUGAGAUGACAGAAAAGCAUGGAACAUCUCCCCCUCGAACUGUCAGAGUGAUGUAUGCACAAGGAAUUGUUGCCUUGUUUCCAUAUCUGGAAGACCCCCUUUCAAAACAUGGAUAUGAACACUAUUACGAUCCAGAGAGUGGGUCAGGAUACCUUGCAUGGCGCUUGAAGACCAUUCAAAGAAAAGCUGCUGAGGAGAAGGGUGCAUCAGUAAGGAAAUCUACCAAAAUUGGUGGGCCAGGCCAUGGACAAUCCAACUUAGCUGCUGACAAAAUGCAGUCUAAUGAGGAUGUGGAAGCAGCUCUUGCUGUUUUGAAACACACUGCUGAUGAGGACACUAUUCGUGAGAAGAUGAGAGCCACAUUUGCAUAUCGCAAUUCACUGGUCAACGAUGACAAGACAACAGAUGUCUUCUCAGUCUUUCCACGGUUUUUGGACACACCGGGACUGAUAGAACAAGAUUUCAGACUUCUGUUUGGUGAGGAAACUGCCAACAAAUUCUUGGUGAAGUGGCCCACCUCUAUUAAAGAGAAGGUUAUCGUGGAAAGCCAUAGACUGGUACCCACUCCAGAACUCUUACACUUGCUGCACAACACUGAGUCAGCAGCUGAAGAUGAAAAUGGCUGGGACAGUGACAUGUCUGCAAUCUUGCUGCUGCUACAUCUGCUACCACCUUCUGCACAAGGACGAAAGAGGCCAGGAAAGAUGUCUGCAUCUCAAGCCGCAGAUCACCUCAUCAGAUUCCUAAAGGCUGGAACCAGUGUACAACAGCAUCUAGACCAUAUUAGCCAAAGCUGCCAGCCCUACCUUCUUGCUCAGGGAACUACAAGAAGCAGGAUCCACACCUUCUUCAUUGUGAUCGACAAGCAUGCACUUCCAUGCAAGGCAACUGGUUCAGUGGGAGCUCUUGAUGAACUCUUUAAAGCUCAUUAUGUAUUCGGUACGUCAUACAGUCAUGCCCUGACCAACUUUUUCACUUUUCUCCAAACAACCGUUUACAACAUCGAUGUAGCAGAAACAAAACAAACUCCCAGAGUUGCAGAGUUGCGAGCAAGAAUGCUGCGCUAGAAUCGGGUGAGCCAUAACAAUGAAGUGUUUUCUUUGCAAAAGGGACCGUGGUACACCAAACAGCCUUAUUAAGCACCUUAAAGUAAUCCAUGGUCUCUGCACUGGCAGGACUCUUUAUCUUAAAUGUGGCCAAAUGGGAUGCUCACGUUCUUUUGGUAGUUUUUCUGGUUUUAGAAAGCAUCUAAACAAGUGUCAUGUUGACAAUUCAUUUAAUUCAGUUGAAGAACCCAAUGUUUCAUCUUGUCAAAGUGUUCCUAACACAAGUAAUUCCACUGAUUUUCAAGUAUCUAAAUGUUUAGAGACCGAGUCAGGUUUAUCUUCAGCUAACCUUGUAAAUAGUUGUGCAAGUGUAAUUUCCGAUCUACAGGCUGCAGGUUUAGGCCAAAGCAUUGUGAACUCUGUUGUUGGUUCCAUGGAAGAGAUAGUUAAAGAUGUUCAGCAGCAUGCAAAAGAAACUGUCAUUAGACAUGUAUUUAAUGAUGAAAGAGAAACAGAAGUUUGCAAAAAAGUUGAAGCUUGUUUUGACGACUUAGAUAAUCCUUUUUCAAUUCUUAAUUCAGAAUACAAGCGAUCAAAAUUUUUAUCAGAAAAAAGGGAAAUUGUAGAACCACUUGAAUACGUAAUUGGCUCCAGAUUUGACACAAGGCGAAAUAAAAGCACUGGAACAUAUGAUCAGAUAGUAGUUAAAGAUAAAUUCAUGUACAUUCCAAUUUUAUCUACACUGCAAUCAGUAUUCAAUAGUCAGUAUGCUGCAGAAAUGUUGAUAAGCUUAGACACUAAUGACUCAACACUCAGAGAUAUUAGUGAUGGUUCUUUUUUCAAAACUCAUCCUCUGUUUUCAACUGAAAAACAUACAGUACAGAUACAAAUGUUUUAUGACGAUUUUGAGGUUGCAAAUCCUCUUGGUUCCAAGCGAGGUAUUCACAAAAUGGGUGCAAUAUAUUUUACUUUAAGAAAUUUUUCUCCAAAAUGGAAUUCCGUCUUGGCCAACAUACACCUCUGUGCUUUGUUUCAUGCACAAGAUCUUAAACGAUAUGGUUUUAAUGAAAUCCUUGCUCCUGUUGUUCGAGACAUUAAAGUGUUGGAAAGUGAUGGCAUUGUUAUUCCACUGUAUGGUGGUUGUGUUCGUGGCAGUUUGGUCCAGGUUACUGGUGAUAAUUUAGCCUUGCAUAGCCUGUUUGGUUUGGUGGAGUCUUUUAGUGCAAGGUACUGUUGCAGGUUUUGUUUAGCUGAAAAAGAUGACUUCCAAACAGAAUUUUCUGAAGAUUCUCCAAAAAUAAUAUUGCGCACCAAAGACACCCACACUGCCCACUGUCAAGAGAUGGCUGGUUAUCCCUCUCUUCCUUAUGUUUUUGGUGUAAAGAGUUCAUGCGCACUAAAUUCACUGACUUAUUUUCAUACAUCUGAGAACUUUGCAGUUGAUGUGAUGCAUGACAUUUUAGAAGGGGUGGCCCAGUACGAACUAAAGCUUUUGUUUCAGCAUUUUAAAGGACAUUAUAUCACACUGAGAGAGCUGAAUUUGAGAAUACUGAAUUUUGAUUAUGGAUUCAUGGAAAGAAACAAUCGGCCAGUUGCAGUGAAUUUAAGUGAGGAGUCUAAUGAUUUGGGACUGAAUGCAAUUCAGUCGUGGUGCUUGCUAAGGAAUGUUCCUCUCAUUUUUGGAAAUUUGAUAACCUCCACUGAUCGACAUUGGGAUCUACUUCUUUUAUUACUUCAAAUAGUCAACAUUGUAUUGUCUCCUAAGUUGUCACAAGGACUUUGUGUAUAUUUGAAACAUUUGAUUGUGGAUCACCACAAACUGUUCAAGAAUUUGUAUCCACAUAAGAAACUUUUACCAAAGCACCAUUUCCUCAUCCAUUAUCCACGUUGUAUUCAGAAAAUCGGACCUGUACUUCAUACUUGGUGCAUGCGCUAUGAAGGUAAGCACAAUUUUUUCAAAAAACAGCUUAAAUCAUUUAAAAAUAUCACCAAAACUCUAGCCAAAAAACACCAGAGACAUAUGGCAUACAUUUGGCAAUCUUCUUCUACUUUUAAUCGUUUAGACAUUGGUCCAGGGAAAAUGGUGUCUUUGAAAAUGAUAAAAGGAGGCUCUGUUAUUGCCAUGUCAAUGCAAGUGCCACAUGGUAUUCAAGUUAUGAAAGUCAACUGGGCAAAACACAAUGGCUUUAUUUACCGCCCUCAUCUGGUUAUUUGUGGCAAAGUUGAUUUUGAAAUGCCGAUAUUUUAUCAGAUUGAGUCAGUUCUGAUAAUACAUGAGAAACUGUUUCUGCUAACUGUGCCUUUAUGCACAGUUAGCUUUCAGGAACAUGUCCAUGCAUAUGAAGUGGCCAGGACAACACAAGAUUUGGUUUUGUUUCAUGCUGACCACCUGCUGUAUCCCAGGCCUUUUGAUAUACAAAUGUCAUAUGGAGUGAAUGACUCACUUCUCCUUGUUGUUCCAUAUUGUUUUCUGUGGUGAUUGCAUUAUUCAAAAAUGUUUGAUUACAAAUAGUAAUGUGAUUAUGGACAGUAGCUUUCAAUGUCCAACUUUUUAUGCAACUAUUACAACUGUUUAUACAUUUGAGAAUGUAAAGUAUCUUUGCAUUGUGAAUAAAUGCUGUCAAAGUUA